GUCCCGGCGGCGGCGGCAGAGCCAGCGGCGCCCACCUUCCCUGCCCUCGCGCGUCCACUCCAGUUCUCCGCCCGCUCCGCAGCGCGCUCUGCCACCAUGACGGAACAGGCCAUCUCCUUCGCCAAGGACUUCCUGGCGGGCGGCAUCGCCGCCGCCAUCUCCAAGACGGCCGUGGCCCCCAUCGAGCGGGUCAAGCUGCUGCUGCAGGUGCAGCACGCCAGCAAGCAGAUCGCGGCCGACAAGCAGUACAAGGGCAUCGUGGACUGCAUCGUGCGCAUCCCCAAGGAGCAAGGCGUGCUGUCCUUCUGGCGGGGCAACCUGGCCAACGUCAUCCGCUACUUCCCCACCCAGGCCCUCAACUUCGCCUUCAAGGACAAGUACAAGCAGGUCUUCCUGGGCGGGGUGGACAAGCACACGCAGUUCUGGCGGUACUUCGCUGGCAACCUGGCCUCCGGAGGGGCAGCCGGCGCCACCUCCCUCUGCUUCGUCUACCCGCUGGAUUUCGCCAGGACCCGCCUGGCGGCCGAUGUUGGCAAGUCUGGCGCGGAGCGCGAGUUCAAGGGCCUGGGAGACUGUCUGGUGAAGAUCACCAAGUCGGACGGUGUCCGUGGCCUGUACCAGGGCUUCAACGUCUCUGUCCAGGGGAUAAUCAUCUACCGGGCCGCCUACUUCGGCAUCUAUGAUACGGCCAAAGGCAUGCUCCCCGACCCCAAGAACACACACAUUGUCAUCAGCUGGAUGAUUGCCCAGACUGUGACGGCUGUGGCCGGCGUCGUCUCCUACCCCUUCGACACCGUGCGGCGGCGUAUGAUGAUGCAGUCGGGGCGCAAAGGAGCUGACAUCAUGUACACCGGGACCAUUGACUGCUGGCGGAAGAUCUUCAAGGACGAGGGUGGCAAGGCCUUCUUCAAGGGUGCCUGGUCCAACGUCCUGAGGGGCAUGGGUGGGGCCUUCGUGCUGGUCAUCUAUGACGAGCUCAAGAAGGUCAUCUAGCCACCACUGCCGCCUGGGAAGAAGAGGGGCCAGACCACCACACAGAACCCAGACCCAACCGAUACGGACCACUGACCUUCAGGAAACUCCUCUUGUCCCUGUCCAGUCCAGAUCAUGUCCUUAGAGGGCUAGGGAACAAGGGGCUCAUCGUGACCACAUCUGACCAUUGGCACCGCCGAUUCGUGUAUUGAUUAUCUCGGGGUAGGGGGAUCACGACCAAUAUCAUGGGUCCACAGUGGGGUACCCGAGGACCCCCAAAUCCAGACUACGCCUGUCAUUCCCCUCCUCCGCCCCCCGUCGUGUCGAGUAUUUAUUUACAGAAUCAUGUCUCCCAUGUGUCUGUCAGCAUUAGCUCCUCUUUGCACAGCUGGAAUCCUGCGAUGAUGUUUUACGUUGGGCAUUCUGCUGCAGAACAAUAAAAACAGGACUCAGAACUCUG